CGCAUCGGGCCUGCGCCCACAAGGGAGCAGCGCCACGGGUCCUGCGCAUGCCGCUUCCGUCUGUUCAUGCCUGCCACCGCCGUGCUCGCGCACUGCUCAGGGCCGACCCAGGGGGAUGCCGAGGCAGGGUCAAGCGCAGCUGGGUCCGCCGUCUGGUAAUGCGAGCGGGAUGAGUCUCGCCUUCGAAAAGCGCACCUAAUGGCGAGUGGCCGCCGCUGCUGUCACGGGCAAGGGUGGACCACGCCGCGCGUGGUGCGAGAGAGCGGAGUGGCGGAGCGGCGAGGCAUCGGCGCGCGACGGGCAAAGCUCGCGACGCAGCGCGUCCAGCGCGUCCACCGUACCGCUGCCUCCGCCUCGGCUGCUCCCAGCAGGCAGCCGUCCAGGCCAGCCUUUCUCGCACGCUGCUCCGCCGAUGUCCGUUUACCCGACACGGCGAGCACACAGUCGUGCACGUCGCUGUCGCGGGCCAUGCCGUCUGGCCCGCAUGCAGCGCGACGUCUGGCGGCCCGCUCCGCGCUCAGCCAGCCGCUGCGGCUCAUUCGACCUCCGGCUCCCGCAGCCUGCGGUCCGUGCCCUCUCCGUCAACCUCUUGCGCUGCGAGCAAUGUCUCUCUGGGCGCAAUUCCCAGCCUCCCGAGGGACAGGGUCGCUCGCCGAGCGUCGAGGUCCGCCCGAGGCCGCGGCACCCAUCAGCACCGCCUCUCGGCUACCCGCCGGCUCGACGCUGCCCGACCCACAAAUGGCUCAGCAGCGCGGCAGUGCGUUGAGGUGCAUUGAGGAGACGCGUCAGGGGAGCGGCAUCGCGUACAGGACUUGCCAUUCUUGCUCCUCUACCGUCCUUCGGGCCGAAGCAGGCACCGGAGUGCCUGAUGCUGCUCUUCUUGGCCUCUCUCUGAGCGCAAGGUACGACUCAAUUCGGUAUAGAAUGUCCGGGAGAAUCUCUACCGGUGCCGUGCCCGCGGGAUCGCGCCAGCCCUUCGGUGCACCCUGGAGAGACCGCCCAGCACUGGCAGGACACGAGGCUGGUGCCAUGCGCUCAUGCGACUCAAGCAUGUGACUGCCGCGCUCUGGCCGAUGCAGCGACACCCUGUCUCGGUAUACUAUAAGGUUCGAGAGGCCCCCGCAUCCGGCUGAGGGACACCUCAGUCGCGUUUCCCUUCUCCCUCUGUCCUUUUGCUUUGUCCUUCGUCCGUCUGCCUUUCUCCCCACUCCUUUGCUUUCUUUCU